AUGCAAGUCCUUAUUGCACCCAUUUUCCAUGCUGAUGAUCUCCAACUAGUCAAAAAUCCGCUUUCCAAUGUAAUUGCCAUUACAAUAUGGCUGGAGUUUCUUAAAAUCGAGUGCACAGCAAAUCCUACUCGCAUAAUGCUGCUAUACCAACCAGAUUUGCAAGUAAAGAAGCUUGGCAAUCGAUACCCAUCUGUCCCAGUCUCAUUUAAUUUACAAAAAGAAUCUUUUGCUGCAACUGAUAGCGGGUAUUCAGAGAUAAUGCCUUUAAAAGUAGGUCUUGGCCAGCCUCGAUCGUUCUUGACAGAAAACUCGGUCCAGGCAGUCUCGUGCUCAUUCAAUCAUCAAUUAGAUUGUAUUGCUGCAGAACUUGCUAGUCGACAUCUCCGAUCAGAGCAGGCUGAUCAACGGCGUGUUGCGUCCAAAAGAGCAUCACCUACACUGCUGACUAAAGUACUGUUGCGAAAUUUUAGCUUUAAUGCUCACAAUACAUCUUUAAAAAUAAACGGCAGUAAAGAUGACUUUGGUUCAUUACUUCAGAUCCCGCAUCUAGACCCUAAUGCACCUUCAGUUCCUCAAGAAAUCAAAAUACAGGCUGUCAGUCGAAGGCAACGUAUCAUGUCUCAUCGCAUUGGUUGUUCUCGUGUAGAUCCCACUGUAUCUGCGAAUACGCUUAAAGUGAUGGCAUUUACGUACCAGACUCCUCAAGGACUGUUUAAUGCGAUGGACUGA